AUGACUAUUCGUACGGCCACUACAUCUACAGCUCUUUUCCAUGUCUUCAAGUCUUCUCUUCUUUCCCAGUCUGGCCCGAAGGCCUCGUCUCUAUCUCCUCCCCCUCCUUACUGCGGACACUCUGCGACCUGA